AUGAACGUCGUCGCUACUAGACCCGAAAGCGCGUCCUUUCCGUCUUCUCCCCAUUCCGCCCACGACUACAAAGAUUCCGCAUACACAGUGAUGGUACAGCCGGUCUCUUCUCGGACGUCAUCGGUAUCGUCCUUCAGAACCAACUACAGCGUGUCGACCGCCCCUACUUGCUACUCCCCAACUUCUCCAGGCUCCUCAUACCGUCAAUGUGAUUCCGCCGCCUCUCUGGAUAAGAUCCUCGAGUCGGUCUUCAAGCGACUCCCUUAUGAAGUAUACGAAACCAUUUUAGAUCAGCUCUACAGCCUACAUACCGACCCAAACCAGACCGGGUGUCUAACAUGCUAUCAACGCGACCUGCAUGCCCUCUCGCUCACCUGUCGGCCCUGGGAACGGGCCGUCAGGGCUAGACUGUACAACCGAAUUCACAUUGUCGGAAACGAUUCACCGUCCCAAUUGAAGAAGUAUAGAUUGAAAAGAGGAAGCCGAUUGAAACUGUUGAGACGGACUCUCAGGGAAAGGAAAUUGCUGGCCAAUCUCGUCCUCGAACUGCGCGUCCCCCAGAUGGAUCUGCUAUUUACGAACGGCAAGCAAAGCUCUCCAUGGCAGGAGUACCGCGAUCUGGUCGCAUCGGUCGUCAUGGUCUGCCCUAACCUGGAGCGGCUAUUGGGGCUGUCCAUUCCUUACAACCACGAGUUCGACCGGCUCACUCACGCCUUGUCCACCCGACGGAAAUUGAAAGAGCAUACCUGGGUUUUGGGUGAAGCAACGGAAGCUUCGGAAGGCUCCCCUCGCAGCACGUCUUGUCCCGGAAGCUUGGGUCCCUUGCAGAUGUUCGAGUUUCUCGACUACCACGUUUCGUGGACGAAUUUGGAAACUCUGAUGCUCUACGGGCUGACCGAAAAUAGCGCAUUGGAACCGAGCAUCUUUCUUCGCAUGUUCAGCCUCCUGCCUUCGCUACAAAACCUGUGCAUCUCGAACUUCAACGAAGACGCCUUUGCGGACAGCGCUUUGCUUUGUUUACCCCCUCUGAAGUCGCUUCGGUUGGAGGGCCUUCCCGGUGUCACCGAUACAGGUCUGGCGCAGUAUACUUCGCGCCCGGAAUCAAGUUCGCUCCGCACGCUGGCUCUUAUCGAACAGAACGUCCAGUCAAUGCUAGUGAUUUCGAAGAUCCUGGCAUCGUUGGGACAACUUGAGCACUUCAAGAUUGUCCAGACUAACAAAUCCCCGAUUUUGGAUGCGGACGGCAUUGUUUUCCAGCCCUUGUUGGCUUCAUCGACUCUCAAACAUAUGCAUUGGGAUGUAGCCUGUCCAGAUCCACAUACCGCUCUUACCAAACUCGAUUAUGCUCCUUUCGCUAAACCUCCGAGCCAUGUCGACACUCCCAAUUCCCAUCUUGCACAGAGCAUUAUCGCUGGGGGAUUCCCUCAGCUAGAAGCUCUCCGUGCGCCAUCUGACAUAGAGCCCCCUGGUGUUCUCCAGGGCGUAUGUCAACCGAUCCCGCGUGGACAGGCCCUGCUCCAGCCAGACCGUUACAGUCUUCCACGCAGCUCCCAUGGCUCUGUUAAAACCCGCCCCAUGGCCCUGCCAGGGGGGAACAAUCUGACAUCUGCCCGAAUCCGUGCACAGACAUUCAUCGAUACCGCGGUGAAAGAUACAGAAACUGGCAUGAGGGUGCUUAUCACCGAUCACUCGGACUCUUACGUCCCCGAUAGUGCUCUUGAAGAGGAGGCCCUGUCGGACGAGGCGUCGGAGCUAGACAUCAACGAAUUCGGCGUGUGCGGGUCACAUAAACGCCCAAAUGAAGACGAUAAUGCGGCAUCCGAGGACCCGGAAGGGCCCGUUACCGUAUACGACUUCAGAAUGCCUGCUUAUAUGGGCAGGAUAGGCACAACCACCAGCGCGAAAGACGUGAAAAUCCCUCGGUUCAUUCUGCGUCCCGAUAUCCAAGGGCAAGAAGCCGACGGGGGUCUCGUUGGCUGGAAGCACAUCCUUGCCUCCAAUCAAUCAUUAACGUACGCAGCGGGUGUUGGUGUAAAUUGCUUCGGUAACAAGGGCAUGCCUACUCCACCCCCUGAUGAGCCUCCGUCACCCGCGUCGACUCCAAGCUCUCGAUUCGGGUGGGGUAGCAUUGGCAAUCGCUCAGCAUUAGGGACAAGCCCAAACACACCCACCACCCCGUCUACUCCGAUGAGUCUUGGGUCCACGACCUCGCUUCCCUGGGAGAAGGAUACCUGCACGGGCUCGUGGAACUACAGCCAUAAAAGUGGUCGCGAGUGGUGGUUCCACAUGGAACGAGAGCGUCCAAAGAACAUCGAAAUGGUUGAUAUCAAGCGACUUUUCUGA